AUGUCGUCGAAUUUUGGAAAUUUCAUGAAGAAUGGCUGGCACCCCGAGAAGCCAGGCACCACUUUCAAGGGCCAAGUAAACGGCCUCUUGGGCAGGAAAACGGAAAGCGAUAAAGAGGAGCGCGUCGCCCGACCGCUGUCAUCUCUUACAGAUCCUUCGACUUUUGCACCGCCGCCGAAGCGUGUCCCGGGAGCGAAUGCACCCCCGCCCCCGCCAUCGCGUUCCAACGCAACAUCACCAGGCGUACCACCGCCGCCGUACGACGACUCAAACCGAUAUCAGCAGCAGCAACAGGAAGAGGGAGUAGAGGAAGAAGCACCGCCGCCCAGGCCGUGGCGCACAGAUACCACGGGUCUCUCGACAGCCCAUCUGCCUCCGCCGCCGGGAAGGAAGGAUGGCGCCGACGGACGGACACCGGUGCCGGGUCAAGCCGCCGCCGCACGGCCACCGCCGCCGAGCCUACCACCAAGACUGCCGCCCAGAACACCGUCCGCUUCGUCAGUAGCAAGGCCUGCAUCGCCCGCACCAGCAGCACCUAGCGGCGGAUACCUCAACCAGAACGCAAUGAACAGACUAGGAGCGGCAGGCGUCUCGGUAUCCGCACUAGGCAUCGGAAAGUCGGCCCCCGAACCACCGGCCCGAUCGAACGCCAGCAGCCCCGCGCCACCUCCCCGGACCGGAGCCUUCUCACCGCCGCCCGGCAGCGGCGGCGGGGGGCAAAUGAACGAGUUGCAGAACAGGUUCGCCCAGUUGGGCAAGUCAGCCGCCAGCCACAAGUCGUCCAGCCCGCCGCCGGCCGAAGGCACCACGACGGAGCAGAAGCAGGCCGCGCUGCGCACCGCAGCCGAUUUCCACAAGAACCCGUCGUCCGUCUCCAUGUCCGACGCCCGGUCCGCCGCGUCAACGUUUAACAACUUUCGUCAGCGGCACGGCGAGCAGGUCGCGUCCGGGGUCAAGAGUGCCAACAACUUCAACCAGAAAUACGGCAUCACUGAAAAGGCCGGAAACUACGCCGGAAAGGCAAAGAGCUUCUACGCCGACCAGGUCGGGCAGAAGCAGUCCGGUACCACAACAGAAACUCCUCCAGAGACCGCGGCCCCGAGUCCGGUCCCGAGCCCGCUGUCACCUCCGCCCGGGCUGGUGAACGCGGUCGGGAAGAAGAAGCCGCCGCCACCGCCCCCAAAGAAGAAGCCUCAGCUCGCCGCGGCCCCGGCGGCACCUUCACCUCAAACACCCGGGCCAGACGACGACACUGAGCCUCCUCCGAUUCCCUUGGCAACCAAGCCGACGUUUUGA